UGCAGGGCUAUAAUUGAAGUACAAGAUGGCAAGAACCAGCCACAGCAACUAUGUCCUUCAGCAGCUAAACAACCAAAGAGAGUGGGGCUUUCUGUGCGACUGCUGUAUCGCUAUCGAUGAUAUUUACUUUCAAGCACAUAAAGCAGUUCUUGCUGCAUGCAGCUCCUAUUUUAGGAUGUUUUUUAUGAACCAUCAACACACUACAGCCCAGCUGAAUCUAAGCAACAUGAAGAUUAGCGCUGAAUGCUUUGAUCUUAUUUUACAGUUCAUGUAUUUAGGAAAAAUUAUGACAGCCCCUGCCAAUUUUGAGCAAUUUAAAGUGGCCAUGAACUAUUUACAGCUAUAUAAUGUACCUGAAUGUCUAGAAGAUAUACAGGACACAGACUCAUCUAGUUUAAAAUGUUCAUCUUCUGCUUCUAGCACCCAGAAUAGUAAAAUGAUAUUUGGCGUGAGAAUGUAUGAAGACACACUUGCUAGAAAUGGCAGCGAAGCAAACAGGUGGGGCAUGGAGCCGCCAAGUUCAACAGUAAAUACAUCCCAUAACAAAGAGGCUGAUGAAGAAGCUUUGCAGCUAAGCAGCUUCCCCGAACAACUGUUCGAUGUCUGCAAAAAAAACACCACGUCCAAAUUCUCUCACACGAAAGAGCGCGUGUCGCACUCACGCCGUUUUGGAAGAAGCUUCACCUGCGACAGCUGCGGGUUUAGUUUCAGCUGCGAAAAGCUACUGGAUGAGCACGUGUUAACGUGCACUAACAGGCAUUCCUACCAAAGUGCCAGGUACUACAGUGCUGAAAAAAUAGACUUUAACGAAAAGGACUCUACUUCUAAAAUAAUCUCCACGCAAACAGAAAAAUACAAGGGGGACUCGAACCAAGCUGCGGAGGAUUCUUCAUCUCCCGUGUCAAACAUCACAAGCAGAAAAAGCAGCACAGUUGCCUCCGAGACAUCAGGUGAAGAAGGAAGUAGAGCCUCUGAGAGGAAGAGGAUUAUCAUCAAGAUGGAACCAGAGGACAAUCCUGUAGACGAGCUGAAGGAUUUUAAUAUUAAGGUGGCUGAUAAAGACUGCAAUGAGUCCUCCGAGAAUGACGACCUAGAUGAUGAACAGGAAGAGCCGCUUUACAGAUACUAUGUUGAGGAAGAGAUCAGAGAGAAGAGAAAUGCUCGGAAGACUUUAAAACCUCAUUUAUCUAUGGACGAGGAUGAAAGGAAGUGUUUGAAAAGUCCGCGGCACCUAAGCAGGAAGGCUCCUUCAGUGAAGGAAGACGUGGAGAACGCUCCCUGUGAACUUUGUGGGCUAACAAUCACCGAGGAAGAUUUGUCCUCUCAUUAUUUAUCCAAACACAUAGAAAAUAUAUGUGCAUGCGGCAAGUGUGGUCAAAUACUGGUCAAAGGCAAGCAGUUACAGGAUCAUGCACAGACCUGUGGAGAACCCCAGGAUCUGACCAUGAACGGUAUCAGAAAUUCUGAGGAGAAAAUGGACUUAGAAGAAAACCCCGAGGAGCAGUCGGAAAUAAGGGACAUGAUGUUUGCAGAGAUGCUAGAGGACUUCAGGGACAGUCACUUCCAAAUGAACAGCCUUCAAAAAAAACAGUUAUACAAGCAUUCUGCCUGUCCUUUCCGAUGCCCUAAUUGCGGUCAGCGUUUUGAAACUGAAAACCUAGUGGUUGAACAUAUGUCGAACUGCCUGGAGCAAGAUCUGUUCAAGAACUCCAUGAUGGAAGAGAACGAGAGGGAUCACAGACUAGUGAAAUAGGGACUUCUAAGCUUCUGAACAACUGAGAGAACCAGGUUUGAAGAAGACAUGAGGAACAACUGGUCGGCAAAAGAUUUCAUAAAAACUCAGAACUGCGUGUGCCAGAUCUGAAUUGGCACCACCUUUGCUUUUUUCACAUACUGCAGCAGUCGCAAAAGGCAUCAAAGCAAUCAAAUUAGAACAUGCAGUAAAAGCCGUUUUGGACUCCUCUCUGUUUUAUAAAACUUGCUUUCUUGUGACUAUUAUUUACACCUGUUAAAAACAAACUUGAAGUCUCCUUUCACGGAGCAGACAGCCAGCCGAAAGAGGCAGAUGCCAGGUGUUAAGGGCUGCACUGAAAUGAGUUUGCAGAAUUUGCUAUUCAUGUGCUGGAGUGCUACUUUUCUGAAAUGAGGCUUAUUAGACUUUCUGUCAAAAACUGUUUAGAUUUUUUAGUUCAAACAUUAGAAGUGUAUACUUGUGAACUAAAACUUACGUCUUCUCAGACAGUUACAAUGAUAAACUAUCAAAUGUUAAAAAAGAGGGAGGGAAAAUAAAGAGUACAAGGUGAAAAAAAAUCUUAAAAACUGAGGACAGAGGGUCCCUGAGGAAGGACAGGAUGGUGAGAAAGAUC